AUGACUGCACGUAUCGAAAGUGUUCUCGCCGCCAGAAACCCCUCCUUGACCGACGAGAACGACUGGGAAGAGUUCGCUUUGACCGAUGUCAGGGUUAGAGUGCCUGGAAAAGCUCGUUAUGCCAACCUCCUGACUGCAUCCCCUGAGAGCCCUGUCUCAGUCACUGGUCAGCUAGAAUUGGUUGAACAAAAUCAAGAAUCCCUUGGUAUCUCUCACUCUCCUGAACCAGCUAUUGCCGGUUUACUGAUCAACCCUGCUCUAGUACUGGAUGAAAACUACCGCUCGAAACGAGUCAUCAUCGAAAACGUCACGCACUAUGCAUAUGGCCAACACGAGGAUGGCGAAGUCGGAAUCUGGGUCGCUGGGGAACCGGGGUGGUUCUCAAUUACUCCGGCGAAGGGCUACAAGCCAGUGUUCAACGAAAUGAUCGAGGCUGUUGAUCUUUUGUACUUUAUUAUAGACAAACACCAACCAAAAGGCCGGAGGAGGAAGCAAUGGAAUCCUAAAAUGGACUAUCUUUUUGAUCAACACACCUAUGGAGCUUGUGAAGAUGCGGAUGAUGCCGCAGAAGUGUUCGAUAAGCACCAUGCAUUUCUAAUUAAGCAGAUGGUUCAGGGGAAGGAAGAUGUAGACUGGGACACUGCACCAGUGUAUAAAUAUUUUCGGGAGAAAUAUUCGGAAUUGUUUGGUAUUCUGGAAGAAAAAGGCUCUAAUGAGGACCAUAUCUCCGACGGUAAUGAAGUUGAUAAUGAAGAUGCUGAGUCGGUGGGUACAGAGACCGUGGAAAAGUCACAGGCAGACACUAUUUUUGAAACUAUUCUAGAUAUGAAGGAAUCCACUAGAGAUUUCAAGCGGCAGUUGACAUUGAAAACAGCUGCGGAACAAUUGCUGAAACGCUACGAAAUGGACUCCCUGGACUAUGCUAUCAACCUUAUCAAAGCGCGGGCAGCCUAUUUGAUUGAAAUGAUGGAUAAUGCAAAUACGUUAUCUUCGAUUGAUUGGUCUCGAAGAACUAUAUAUAGACAAUUGAAGGCAGCCGAGCGGUCAAAAGGUGUGCAAGAUGUUCGGACCACUCCCUUGCAUCCCCGUCCUGUCGAGGACCAAGGAGAUCAAUCAUCUUCUGUCGAAGAGAGUGAAGAUGAAAACUUCUCGCACCACAGGAGGCAUGCACGGAUGUCAAUUCUUAGGCCAAAAAGCUCCGUAUCCGCAAAACGCGCCAGAAAAUCUGGCAAACAGCCUCCAAACGAAACCUCGGAUUCUGAACAAGAGUCAGAAGAUAUAGAUAUCAGCGAGGAAACUCCGACCAGGCGGCUUGGGAGCCAUCGCUUGAUACAGCAGCCAUUACCUUCGCGAGUAAGUGAGCUCGCGCGGUCCAUCAUCUCCAUUUCCGAACCGAGCACUUCGUCUCCCAAAAAAGUGGCUCCCCUAGAAAUGGCUCGUCCAUCCGAAACAACUGCCCAUCCCAUCAAUGGCAACCAUAUUACCAUGCCCCCAGCGGCGCUGAUAUCUCCGGAAGUUGACCUUCCCCGGGAUACUUGGGUUUGCUCCGUACAGGGCUGCGGAAAAACCGUCCUCAAAGCUUCUUCAAAGCGAUCAAAGGAGGUGAUACUUGACCACUCAUUGGCACAUGCGGACGAUACCCAGACAAAAAUGAGUUUAGUGUUUGCUGAGCAACGGCUCAAUGUGAAUGCAUCCGUUGAUUUUCUCCUUAAUAGAAUUCGGGAGUUUGGAACCCUUGAAGGAGAGCCCAGUGAUGCUGGUAUGAAUUCUGACGCCAAAAGAAUCAGGCUUGGGGAGUGA